AUGAGAAAAUUACUGCCAAAGCCGCCGCAUAUGACACACCUCCAGCGGCACCGGUUGGAGUCAGUGAGUGACCACAGUGGCGGCUCGGCACCGUCGAGCUCGUCGAGCAAAUCGAGCGACAGCUCCGACGGGUCGGCGUCGGAGAUCUGCGAGGUAAUGCAGGAGUGGUCCCUGGACGGCAGCGACCCGCAGGCACACCCGCUGCAGCUGCACCACCACCCCUCGAACCACCAUUCGCAUCACCAGCACCACCACCACCACCACCACCAACAACACCAUCAUCACCUUCUUCACCAACAUCAUCAUCAACAACAUCAUCUUCAUCGCACGAACGCCGCGACUCACGAACAACAUCUUCAACACCAGCAGCCCCUGCAGCAGCAUCUCGGCGGCGGAGGGCACCACGUCCGCCCGCUGCCGGUGGCCGGGCUCGGUGGCCACAUCCCGUCGCCGGACGCGAGCUACACGCAGGAGGACGUCGGCGACGAGCCGGAGGAUGACGAGGAUCUCGAGUACAGCAAGCACGACCUCAUCAGCCUGGACAGCGGCAUCAUAACGGACUACGAGCGGGCCCAGAUCGAAAGCUUCUUCAGCGGACUCGGCACCGAGGUGUACGUUAGCUCCUCGUUGGCCAACCUGUACGAGCGCGUCGGGAAGGAGGACUGGCGUCUGGUGUUUACCGGCAUCCCGGUGCUGCUGCACGACAAGGGCAGCACCCGAUCGCGCUGCACCCCGCGCGUGACGUUCGUCCUGGCCGAGCGCGGCACCUGUUUCGCACUCUGGAAGGACACCAUCGAUAACUUAUCCGACUACAAAGUGGCGGCCGCGGCCUUCCACACCAUGUGUCUAUCGGCAGAUCAUCGGAAGGUGAUCGGGUUCAGCUUCGACUCGAACCAAGCGGCGCGGGAGAUGUGGGUGCGCGUGGAGGAGCUGACCAGCAACCCGGAGAACAUAGCCCUGUCGGCCCCGGGCCGGAAGCGCAAAACGCAGAAACGUGCCAAACCGAUCGUGCUGCCGCCGAAAUCGCAAAUCUCGCAACCGUGCCAGUUCAACCACGUGACGAGCGUCACCACCAGCGACACACCGCGCUACUUCAGCCUCCAGGCGUUCGUCACGGCCCCGGUCAAGCACCGUGCGCCGUAGUAAGCCCCGGACGGCAGAGUUUAUUCUCAAACUCAACUCUCGGAGCGAGUACGAAUGUGAGAAAAAGACGGUGAAGAAUGGAGGAAAGAGGCCUGGUUUGUCCAAAUGCACCCCGAACCCGUCUUGAAAUUGUCGAGCCCCUUACGCACAGUAGCCGAUAGUGACACACGCGUACAUUCUUCACUUCGUAAGUUAGUCAUGACAGCUCUAGAGGGUUUUAACUAUGCUAAGAUAGUGUCCAUCAGGCGCCAUUGGUGCUUGUCAGCUUCCGUAGAUUGCGUUUUGCAUCGUAGCGUAGCGAGCCGAUGGAGAGAGAGACUGCAGUGCCACAUUUUGUAUAAGCUUAAGAAUGGUCUCUAGUGUGUUAAGUGAGUUAUGCAAAGCAAUCCACUGCAGCCGGUCAGUCAGCUGAACCGGGGAACCAGGGAAAACUCGGGCAGGCAUUGAGGCAGCAUCCUUCGUAUCCAGUCAGCCGAUCGCGUGUACCACUAUAUCAGUGAAUGGUCAGUUUUAGAAUGUGUGACUGUGAUAAAAGGAUAACGAAACGGAAGGAACUCGAUAUCAUAUGCCGCCAACAAGCGGAUGGCAGGUGGAAGCAGCAGCAUAGCGAAGGGCAGGUGAUAUACAGGUUGCGAUGGAUAGAUGAUAAGAGCGGAAUCUUACUUCAAGCGCGUGUUAACACGAGGCACUCAAACAUUUCAAGCAUUCGCUUCGACACACCCUCACUGACCCGUGUCCGAUUGUAACGAUGUGUCCGAUCUGAAACGAACAGCGAAAAAGUCGUGGCCGUUUGUGGCCAACGCUAAACGUAACCACACUCAAUGUUGUUGCAUACCUAGGGGGCACGUCUUUCUGAACAUCCAUUUUGUGUACAAAGUAAAACCCUUCUACUGAUCUAUGUCUUCUGCAGCAGCAUUUUGCUCCCAGCGUCGUCGCCACGAUUCUGCGAGGGUGGUAAAAUAUUGAUACACAUUUAUGUAAUUGGAUGGACUUUAUUCACGCGAUACGCGCUCUUUGAAUGCUGUACAUAUUUGCAUGACAUCAUCUCUUACAUGUAGUUUGAAAUCAAAAACAGACAAAAUAAAACUUAUCAAUUG